AAUUUGCAAAUGGCCGUGAAAAGGAUCGAGCUCCUGGGUGUAUGAAAUAGUAAAUGGUGGAAUUGUCGGUGUUAAAAACUUGUGAUUAAAUCUUAGUUCGGUGUAGUGUUGUUAAAAUAAUACAAGAUGUGCCAAAAAGAUAGAAUCCUGUUGUAAUAGUGGUUUCGGAAGCGCCAGGGAACCGCUGCUGGAACAGUCGACGUGAGAUUGCUGACUGCGGGGUCGGUGCAUCGCGUGGCGUUGCGAGCGGAGGCAUCGCGGUCUAUAGCUAGUGCAGCCGGGGCUCGGAGCUAGCGCGCGCCACCAUGAACGAGCUGGACAGUUUGCGUCAGGAGGCUGAGACGCUCAAGAAUGCGAUACGGGUGAGUCACACAUAAAAAGGUCCUAUCCUACCUACCUUCACAUGAAGGCUUUAGAAACUACCAUUGCAAAAUCAUUUAACCUUUUCAAGCUGAAAGACUGAAAUUUUUAGAGGCUGGAAGGAAGAUCGCAUUUUGUACGCGAGCUGUUUAAAUUCGAUGCCCAGUGAUACUGAUGAAGUAGGAGGUAAUCUCAAGCUGUAAAUUCGACUCUAUUACUUGGGGUUAAGAAAUGGAUAUGGAGAAGUGUUUUCGAUCGAUCUAGAAUGUAGAUUGAUGGGAUUGAGGCCUUAAAAAAGGAUUGCUUCGUGUGAUGGCAAAUCUUUGAAAAAAUCGAUCCCCGGAUCAAUUAAUAUAAAAUUGAUCUUACGGUCAUUCAUUUAAUCGAGUUUCUUUUCCAAUUCGGAUUUAGAUAUUAUUAGUUAUCUGUAGAUAAUAAUUUGCCGGCGCCUGUCUCUCAAUGCGAUUACAAUCAGCGUCUUCAGAGCAAGAGUUGAACUUAUCAUAGUCAGUAGGUACUAGCUAAGCAAAACGCGUGUGAGCGCGCGCACACACACACACACACACACACACACACACACACACACACACACACACACACACACACACACACACACACACGCACGCUCGCAUGCACACGCACACACAAAGUGCUUUUUAGCUGUCCACUUUCUCUUUUUCAUUUUGUAUUGACUGGUCUCAAUACUGUAUUAUGUAAAUUUAAGGAAAGCAGCGAGGUAGUUCCAACACAAGUAUUUUAUAACUUACUGGAGCUACCUCAAUUUCUGUAAUGCAUGACAAUGUAUUGAGAAACAAUAAACAUAUUAUUAUUAUUAAAAGUCACUACCAUCUCUGCACAGGGAGGACGACUUACUGGGCCACGCCGCAAAAGAGAAAGCCGACCUUUUAGGCUCCCUUUAUGCGUCCAACUCGACUCUUGAUGACGGGGGAAACACACCGCCGCCAUCCCGCGGUGUGAGUGCUCUAUGCCGGAUGUGCGGUUCUCACAGCGCUCGGUUCGCAGAGCACUUCUCUCCCUGGACAUCAACAAGUCGAGUGAGUCUGACGGAAUCCUCCCAAUUGUGCUGAGGACGUGUGCUCCGGAGUUAACACCGGUUCUAACGCGUCUUUUCCGGUACUCCUACUCCCUAGGCGUAGUCCCGAAAUCUUGGAAGACAGCUUUUGUCCACCAGAUCCCUAAAGAAGGUGACCGCUCAGACCCGUCCAACCACAGGCCUAUCGCCAUUAUAUAUAUAUCCUUGUUCUCCAAAAUAAUGGAAUCCGUUAUAAACUGCCACCUCAUGCGGUACCUUGAGAAUCACCAGCUGAUCAGUGACCGCCAAUACGGUUUUCGUCGGGGUCGAUCAGCUGGUGAUCUUCCUGGUCUACUUGACUCAUAGAUGAGCAGAGGCAGUAGAGUCCAUGGGGGGGAGGCAUUGGCCGUUAGUUUGGACAUUGCGAAGGCCUUCGAUCGGGUUUGGCACAAAGCGCUUCUUUCGAAGCUCCCUUCCUAUGGGGGGCUUCCCGAGAAAUUGUGCAAUUGGAUCACCAGCUUUCUUGCAGAUCGGAGCAUCAAGGUCGUUGCAGACUGUGCAUGCUCCGACUACAAGCCUAUUAACGCUGGUAUUCCACAAGGCUGCGUGCUAUCACCAACGCUGUUUCUUCUGCAUAUCAAUGAUAUGUUGCAAACAUUGUUUGCUAUGCAUUCAUUGCUAUGCAGAUGACAGCACUGGUGAUGCUCUAUACACCGGCCGUGCCAAUAUUUCUCGGGAAAACGUCGCCGAGUACCGUAACAAACUUGUGUCUGAAGUCGAGUCUUUGCUGGACAAAGUCUCGGAUUGGGGGCGACUAAAUCUAGUCCAUUUUUAUCCUCAGAAGACACAAGUUUACCACUAAAAAGAACCCCUUUGUCGUAUCUCCUCAGUUUCAAGCCACCCCCCUUCUUGCCUCAGCCAGUAUCGGAAUCCUCGGCGUCGACAUAUCGAGUGACGUGCAGUUUCGUGGUCACUUGGAAGAGAAGGCCAAAUUUGCCUCUAAAAAGCUUGGCAUGCUCAGCAGAGCGGGACUGUAUUUCAUGCCGGCACAACGCCUGCAACUUUAUAAGGCGCAAGUUUGGCCUCACAUGGAAUACUGUUCCCAUCUCUGGGCUGGGGCUCCCCAGUGCCAGCUCCUUCCACUUGACCGCAUCCAGCGCAGAUCGGCUCGAAUCGUCGACGACCGAGUCCUUUCCGAUCGGCUCGACUCAUUGACGCUGCGAAGAGAUGUUGCAUCUAUUUGCAUUUUCUUUCGCAUUUACCACGGGGAGUGCUCUGAGGAAUUGUUCGGAUUAAUCCCAGCCGCCAAAUUUCACGAACGCACAUCGCGGCAGAACUCCCGAUACCAUCCACACCAUCUGGAUGAUUGGCGGUCCACCACUGUGCGAUUUAGAAGAUGUUUUCUUCCUCGCACAACUUCCUUGUGGAAUAGUUUACCACCAGCGAUUUUCUGGACCGUUACGACUUAGGGACCUUCAAGAAAAGAGCCUACUCCUUUUUAAAAGGCCGGCAACGCAUCUGCAAUUCCCCUGGUGUUGCGGUUGUUCAUGGGCGGCGGUAUUCACUUACCAUCAGGUGAGCCGCAUGCUCGUUUGCCCCCUCUCCUAUAAAAAACAAAGUUAGAAUUACAGCUUAUAUACGUCCCACUGCUGGUCACAGGCCUCCCCUCAUUUCUGAGAGGGUUUUAGGGCAAGGAAAUGUCCGCCGCGGUGCCACAAUGUGUGUUGGCGAACUUCACGUCAUCGAAAUUUUUUUUCUUAUUUCUCAGACAUGCCAGUUUCCUCACGAUGUUUUCCUUCACCGCCGAGCACGUGGUAAAAUUAUUAUUAUUAAGAGUGAUUAGGUUUUUGUUACGCUAAGACAGUGUGAUUUUACAUCUAGGGCUUCAUGAAAACUCACUGGCUUGUACAUACAAUAUCAUAUCACAUAAUUAAAAUAUAUGUUAUCAACUAUUUUAAUAUUCUUGGCAUGUUUAUCUUGCUUAUUGUGCGACUACUAAAUACACAAGGGGUAUGGAAUGAUAACAUUGAGGAACAUUGUGUAUUCUUGUUUAUAAAUUAUUAGCAAUGGCCCGAAAUUCGUUUUACAUUUGGUUUAACCAAAUUUCGGUAGCUUGAGCAUAGCUUCUGCUUACGGUACAUGUACCUACAAGGAAGAAGUAAAAUACCUGCACUGCACUAUUUUGAUUAAAGUUAAUAGAAAUCUGUCAUACUUGUAAAAUAAGUCGAUAUAUACGCUAUAAUCAUGCUCAUAUUUGUUCAUUAAUAAUUACUAUCAUUAUCAUUUUGCUCAUUUUAUUACGUUUAAGUCGUAAUUAUGUAUACAUAUACGUAGUAGAACCAUGCUGCAGCUAUAUUAGAAGUAUAUUGUAGCACGAAUGGGUCGGAUCGGCCGGGGAAGGACCCACGCUCUCACAGAAUACCUGCGUAAAAUAGCAGCUUAACACUGCUUUGUUUCGUAUGGUGAAUGUAGAGAACCGGAAACCCUUUUUUACUGGAAAAGAGGCAUUCCAUCUUAGUCCUUUAUUGAGGAUAGAUGUAGAUGUCUAUGGGUCACAGCAACCACUUACCAUCAAUCAGGUGGGCUGUGCUCGUUUGUCACCCUAUCCCAGGGCUCGGAACCGGUUUAAAAAGAGCGGUUAAUUUCGAUUAAUUACCGGUAAAUUUAUCGCUCCUUCAAUUACCGGUUAAAAAAUUAACCGGUUAUGAUUAAACCUAAACGAUAAAGGUUACCGGUUACUUAACGGUUUUGACACCCAAAUUAACCGGUUAAUUCCGUAAAACGUAAAGGCAGUUAUGAAUAGGACAGGUAGAUUCAUGUUGGGAGGAGCUUAUGCGGCAUCGCCGCAUGCGGACAUACUUAUCAUCAAUUAUCUGCCUUUAAGCUAUACGUUUUUUCAGUCGCGAUCAGGAUGUGUAGUGGGAGUUUGGCGUUUACGAAAAACGUGAAAGUAUUAGAGAUGUUUUG